AUGCUUCUUACCACUGCACUCAGUUGUUUUUUGGCUUUUUGGAGUCUUCUUUUCCUCACAGAUUUCUACCUAAGAGCAAACGCUGUUCAUUGGUAUAUCAACUUUGCCGAUCAUAUUGGCCUCUCUGUGUCAUUCUUUCAGGUUUGUUCACUGUAUCUGGGUCCGUUUUCCUCCAUAUUUCCAUUCCGUCAGCCAUAUACAUUUUACCCUUUGGGCAUUUUGCGCAUUAUAGUUAAGAAGCCUGACGAAAAGUUAGGGUGUAGGUUCUCAGAACUAUCGGGAAUGGAAGGAGCAGAAAUACGUUUUUACACGAACAGAUUUCAUCAAUCUCUUCUUUACCAGCCGCUUGCUGCAUCUAGUCCCAGUAAGUAUUCAUUAAUAUCUCGAGCUGUUUCUGUUUGGUUUACGGUAGGCGCUACAGUUUCAUUGAUUUGUUUCUUCGGCGUAACUAUUUUUUUGACGAAGCUUCUUUGGGAUGUUUUUGCUCCCUGGUGGCCCAGCUACCCAUAUCCUGAAGAGCAGCUCGUUCCACCAGUAUUUCACCUGAAUCAGGUUAAGGAUCAUGGCUUUAUAAGUCAUACGCAGCGGCAAACUGAAAGCGAAGUCGGUUUAACUCCCAUAGUUCCUGGAGUCAAUAUUCCAUGGGAACAUGUCCCUCUUUUUUUGCUGGUUUUGACUAUUGUUGGCGUCGUCCAUGAACUGGGACAUGCAAUGGCAGCAGUUGAUGCUAAUGUGCCUGUCAGCGGUUUUGGCAUUUUCUUAAUUGCUGUCUACCCAGGAGCAUUUACUGAAAUGCAAACAGAUGCACUUGGCCGUUCAUCUUCGGCUCAGAAAAUGCGCAUUUUUGGAGCUGGAAUAUGGCAUAAUCUAGUCCUUGCAUUUUUUGGAUAUUUGCUUUAUCUUGUCGUGCCUUAUGUAUUAGCUCCAUUGUAUUUACGUGGAAAUGGUGUCUAUAUAAGAGUUCGUCUUCUUCUUCAAGAUGUAGACUUGCGUUCUGGAUUGAGUGGAAUGGCUGGACUUCGCAAGAAUGAUGUUGUAUAUAAUAUUAAUGGCUGUGCCACAAAAAGCACCGCAGAUUGGUAUAAAUGUUUGGCUGAAAUAAAAGGAACUAAAGUUGGUUUCUGUGUUCCAAACGAAAAAAUUUUGCCAGGUCUGGCGAAGAAGGUGGAAACAUUUGGUGGUGAGAUGCACUGCUGCGAUGAGUUUCAGGAUGUCUCAUUAUCGCAUAUCUGCUUUUACUUCAAAAACGUUUCAGCUGCUGUGAAAAAAAAAAAGUUUUUAUUUGAUUUUCCAUUGAGUCGAGGUGUUACGCUGGCACCAAAUUUGGCUGAAUCACUAGGUUUUAAAGCAGCCCGGAAACGAGAUAUUAAGGCGCUUGAGAGGAAGUCUAAUUUUAUCCUCAAUCGCAACGCUCGUAAAGUUGAACAGGGAUCAAAAAAUUUUGAUGCUUUUGCAUUUUUAAGUAAACCAACAGCUAUUAAGAAAACCCAGGACGAAAAAUACGCCUGUCUGCCAGCAAGACUUGUUACUGACUAUGAAACUUGCAAAACACCUUUGGACUGUGCCGGAUACCCGAACGGGCCGCAGUGCGCUUUUCCGGCUUUAUUUAAUGGAACUUUGCUGUUGAGGAUUAAUGUUGGCAAUACAUCGCGACCAAUUUUGUUUAUUGGAACAACUGAUGAACUGGUAUAUUUCGUGAAGUUGAGCGAUUAUAUCCCUUUAUACUUUUUUGCGUUUCCAUGGUUGCCAUAUGCUUCUGAACUGGUUUCGAAAUACCUCGUUACGUUUUCUCUGGCUGGAUUACAGCUCGCUAAAUAUUUUUUUGCAGCCGUUGCAUUACUAAAUGCGGUUCCAUGUUACGGUCUCGAUGGGCAGUUUAUCAGCGAAACAGUUAUAGAGAGUGUUUUUGCUCAAUUUUCAACGAGGCGCCGCCUUAUUUUACACAAAUUUCUAGUUUAUUACGGGGUUGCAAUUCUAAGUGGAAAUUUGUUAGUUGGGUUUGUUCGCUUUCUUCGUCCAUAUCUCACAUGA